GUAAUCAAUUAGUUUGACUUUUUUUUUUUGGGCGUCUCUCAUUUUUCUCUCUCUUACAGACCCUGGGAGUCGGGUAUCGCGGGGCUGCGAUGAGUUUUGGUUAAAAGUUAAAAGCUUUCUGGUUCCCCCUGGGCUGAAAUCUGAAAUGCCUGUGGAAGCGGGAACAAAAAUCCCUGCAAAACUUUCAAAAACCAUACGCUCUCACUAGUCCUCCCAACAUUUAUCUCUUCUCGUUUUUUUCCUCCUUUCUUUCUCUUCAAUCUUGAAACUCAUUCUCCCCCCCAUGUCCGAUCAAGAGAAUCGCGGGAGGGCCACUCGAGCAGCCAAGAAAAGGGCCGCCGCCGCCAUUGCUGAACUGCAUGUUGCCACCAAGAGGCGCGUGGUGUUGGGAGAGCUGACCAACUUGUCGAAUGUUGUUGUGCUAGAGAAACCAUGCCCUGGGGAAGAGAUUCAGAGGGAGAAAAGUAGCAGAAUCAAGAGAAAACUCAGGAAAGUGCUCCCCACAACCGCGGCGCCGCCGUCCAACCUCAAUGACGCUGAUGACCCUCAAUUGGCUGCGCCUUAUGUUUCUGAUAUUUACGAGUAUCUCCGAAAAUUGGAGGCGAAUCCCAGAAGAAGACCGUUACCUGAUUACAUAAAAAAAGUUCAGAGAGAUAUUAAUCCUAAUAUGAGGGGUGUUCUGGUAGAUUGGUUGGUGGAAGUUGCAGAGGAAUACAAGCUUGUUUCAGACACUCUUUAUCUCACCGUUGCUUAUAUCGACAAAUAUCUCUCUAUAAAUGCUCUUAGUAGGCACAAGCUGCAGUUACUGGGUGUUUCUUCGAUGCUAAUCGCCUCGAAAUAUGAGGAGAUCAAGCCUCCUGAGGUGGAAGAGUUUUGUUAUAUUACAGACAACACAUACACCAAGGAAGAGGUUGUGACCAUGGAGGCUGAAAUACUCAAGUCAUUGAAAUAUGAAAUGGGAUAUCCUACAGUAAAGACAUUUCUAAGAAGAUUCUGUAGAUUUGCUCUGGAGAAUUAUGAGGCUUCUGAACUCCAGUUUGAAUUCCUCACUUACUACCUUGCGGAGCUCAGUUUGUUGGAUUAUGGUUGUGUAAAGUUCUUGCCUUCUUUGGUGGCCGCCUCUGUUGUAUUUCUUGCUAGGUUUAUGUUAAGCCCAAAGACUCAUCCUUGGAAUUCCACGCUCCAUCUACACUCAGGGUAUAAAUCAUCUGACUUGAAGGACUGCGCAUUGGUCAUUCAUGACUUGUAUCUCAGUAGGAGAUGCGGGUCUUUGCUAGCUGUAAGAGAUAAAUAUAAACAGCAUAAGUUCAAAUGUGUUGCAACAACACCUUCUCCUCCAGAGAUACCUCUUUCUUAUUUUGAAGUUACAGAGACAGAUCACUAGGCAGAUGUUUUUCAACUGUUGGUGGAGGCUGGGGAGGCGAGUUUUCAACAUCAGGAGGUUGGAUUUUUUAGUAUGAUGAUCAUUGGAGUGAUUGCCGCAGUGCCAAGCCAUUAUGCUAACUGACUUAGAUUGUAGUUUGUGAAGCGUUUUAGAGUAUUCUUUGGGAAAAUUCUGUCGGUGUUGGUUUAUUUGUGUGUAUAGGAGAAAGCUAGUACCAAUUUCCUCCCUUGAUUGCUCUCAUCUACAAUGAGCGAAAUGUCUUAUUUAGCAAGCAGUCAGUGGUUGACCUUUACUUGUACAGAACGCUAUCUCCUACUCUUACUUCCUUCCCUUGUGGAUAAUGACUGGUAGCUUUGUAUUUUUCUUUGCCUUUUUCACUCGUUAGUUUCAUGAGAUUCCAUUGGCA